AUGGGACGUGAAUUGCAUCAUUUGUCUGGAGAGGACUGGGACAAACUAGUGAGAUCAUGGUCUACUUCCAUUACUGAUUUUUGUGAUACCAGUGUAGAUCAAAAAGGAGGCUUCUUUGUUUUGGGUGAAGAUGUACCAUUUGAUAGACAGUUGGAGAUUGCUGGUGUACUAUUGCAUGCAGAGGCUCAAAAGGUUUUACUUCCUAUCCUUUACCAGGUAAACAUUGACUAGUUAAUCCAACAAGUCUACAUAUGUUUUAGAAGUCCUUGUAUGAAGCAAUUUUAUAUUGAGGCAGAAAAGAGAUAUCCACAUUAAGCAAUACUAUAUCACGUUCAGCCACCUGAGCAUUAAUGAAGAGUGGUUUGUAUUUAAUGGAACACUAUGUAAUGCUCCAUAAAAAAAAAAUGUUAUUGCCCCAAAUUGUUAGGCAUCUUUUGGAUUCCAGGGACCCCCUUUUUAGUGUAUAAAUACCUAGACUCCUGCAUGGAGACAGCCUAUUUUUUUUGCAUCUGCUGAGGUCAUCAGACUUGAAAAAAAUAUUUUCUCACAGAGAAGCCGGUCAAUUAAACAAAUUGGGAUAAUGUUCGACAUGCAGUGCGUGAUGAUGUUGAAUGUCAAGAACUAACUUGGACUCCGUUCUCAUUUCGGAAGCACCAUCUAGUGGCUGUCAGUAUAACAGCACCGCAGUGUAAACAUUGUUGCUUGUCUAAAAUAGCAAUGUUUUACACUAUGGAAGGAACGCUAGGGGCACUGCACACAUUAAGACGAUGUGGUCUAGGACAGUGACUUCAGUGUUCCUUUAAUAUUGGCACUUAUUGAGACCACCAAAGUGGGAAAAUACUUAAGUAAACUCAAGGCACCAUUACAGAUUAACAUAGUUAUUGUGGUAGAAGACGAUGAGUACAGUCCAUCGAGUUUUGAUCAGACUGUUCUCAAUCCCAAGGAUUGUCCAGCAUGCCUUUACUAUGUAUGUGACAAUAUGGAUAUUGUGUAUACAGGCACUUACAAUGGUGAUUAAGACGUGAAUAUGUUAGUGUUGCUACCACCAAUGUGCAAUCCUCUCACAGCAUAGGACAAAUAGAGUAAAUUGAAUUGGUUAACUGUGUGGUAUAAAGAACCAGUCCCAGUUAAGAGGUGGAUACUAUGUAUAAAGGGCUCUAAUCAUUGGUACACAGCAGGUUUUCGCCACAUUCAGUUCUUUUGGCACUGCUGAAUCAUCAGUGACCAUUCACACAACUAAAUUUAAAGUGCUCCCUAUUUCAGUUAAGUAGAACUGAAAGAGUCAGUGGUAAUUUGUCAGUUUCAAAUAUAGCAAUUCAGAGCAACUGAAACUGCCUAUACUCCAGUGCAUAGAGCCCUUCAUUGUGCAAGUAGAAAUGAUGCACCAUUAUGUUUAUACAUUGAAUAUUAAACCAAUACUCCAAAACGUUUAUUAUUUUUAGUUUUUGUGUGUAAAUAAGUUUAAUCACUUACAUCCGAAAGAUCAUCAAAGCAUUGGGGAAAUUUAGCCAUUAUGAAUGUGAAGGAUUUUUGAUCAGGAUUGGCCAAAAUGAAUGUUACGAGGUAUGAAGUAUUAUACCUGGACACAUUAAUUUAUCAUUUAUUUUAGAACAGUAGAUCGGCUUAAAAGGUUAACCAAAACAAACUAAAUCAAUCUAAAGCAUAGAGACAAUAUGCAGAAUUAUUCACUCAACACCAAAUGAAAAUGAGCGAAUUCUGAACACAAAACUUUCAUAUUUUCUUAAGCCAAUUAUGGUCUAAAAUUCGGUCAGUCUGAGUAAAUCUGCAGCAAGUGCCUGGACACAUUCGGUGUCACAAUUAAAAUCGGUGCUUUCACAGCCGAAUCCUAUACAAAGUAUAGCAUUCGGAGGAUUCACAAAGCACCAAUUUUAAACUGAAUUGGGACAAAUGCACCCACCAGGAUUCACAUUUACAAAUUAUUGUUCACUUGCCCCCAUCCACUGACAAUGGAUGUAGGCUUGGGAAAGGACUUGAGGUUCUUCCCCCCCUGUUUAUUAUAAUUAGGGCACCCAGCCACCACCAAUGAAUGAGAGCCCUCCCCCCCUGAUUAUAGUGAUAAGCGUUCCCACCUGCUGCCAUUGAAAGGGAACAGGGGACGACUACACUAGAUACUUCCCCAUAAUAUAAUAACAGCCCCCUUUUACUGACUGUUACCCCUAUUAUUUCUCAGGCCUCAUCCCCAUGGGAUGGAGCCUUUCUAGUCACUGGGUACCAAUGGCAGUCCAGUUGCUAGUAUUAAAUAUUUAGUAUAUAUGGCAGGUUGGAGCAUAAACUUCCCUUAUAAUAAUAUGAACCAAAUAGCCUUUUUAUAUCUUUUUUUCUUUUUUUUUACUAUUUAAUGUGGCGUCUGGCAAGCAAUGCUGGCCACCCGCCACAUAAUUAACCCUCGUACCACAGAGCUGACUGCCAGCAGUCAAAUAGUUUUUUAUUUGUAAACCCAGGCCCAUGUUUAAAGCAUUUUGGUCCGAUAUCUGGCAAUAUUUGGCUGAAAACCUGGCAUUAAAUGGCAUGAACAAUGUUUGUAUUUUGCAGUCCAAAUGGCCCCACAUGCAACCCACUGGGACUUACAUGAUUAACCCCAUUAGAGUAGUAUGCAUGAAAAUGAUAUUACCAGGUCAUUUACAUGUUCAUACAUUACAUGUCUAUAAAUAGAACUAAAUUAAAUAUAUACAUUACAGAUCACCAGAAAAAUAAAAAGUGAAAUACUAUGAGAAAAAUCCCUAUCAGGUUUUUUUGCCUUACCCAAGGGAGGUUAGUAUUUGUUACAUGAUCAGAAUUCCACUUCUUGACUGCUUUUCACAUCACAAGAAUGAAUACACGCAAAAACUAACUUUAAAAAUGACAUAUUCGCAAUAUAGGUUAAAUUUAGCCCUUCAUCUAACCAAUUAAAAUAGAAUUUAAUUGACAGUUGAAACACAUUUUCAGAGAUUAUUUAAGUUUCUGCUUUCUCCUUCUACUUUUCAGAUUCUUUACCACAAAGAGAAAAAAUUAUGUAUGAGCCCAAUGGCUUUAGAUAAAGAUUACAACCCUACUGUCAGCUGGUCCCCAUGGGGGUCAGAGAUCAGCUUUUCAGUGAUUGGAAGUGAGAGUGAUUUCUCAAACUGUAAUCAUCAGCAUGAGCCUCCAUUGUUAACUAUGUAAGUUAUAUUCUGCAUGUUACAUAUUAAAGACAAUGAAGUGGUCACCAAACCAGUUUAGUGAAUGGGAGUCACUGAUUGUCUGAGAACAUCAGCUUGGCUGCAGCAGGACUGCCUGGGUUUUCAGACGGACCCAUCAAUAUAUAACUAAUAAUAUAACAUAAUUAUGUAAAACUAAUAUAUAAAAUAAAUUGUUUGACCAUGUAACUUUCCAAAACGCCUCUAAAACCUGUACGAGGGGGAGGGAAGGGGGGGAGGUAAAUUGCUGAACACAAAUACGUAUGUUUUAGAGCAGUAGACGUUUGAGAACAAUGAUAUCAUCAGUGAAAGUUCAGUUAGUGUGUGAAAAAUGCAACAACAAAACAACUAGGAAGGGUAGCCUUGGCCUGGGUUUGUGGAUUUGUGACUAUUAAAAAACACUGGACAUACCCCGUUUUAAAUACCUUGGGUUGCUAUGUUUUGCAAAUGGUAUGCUUUGAUGGGGGUAAUUCUCAUUCCUGGGCUGCCAUACUGUCCUAAAAGCAACGUAACCAAUCUGGCAAAUUUCAAUGUGUAAAAACUGAAAUUUUCAAACUUUUUAUUUGACAUUGUAACUUUCCAAAGCACAGUAAAAUGUGUACAUGGCGGGCAUCAUUGUACUCGUGGGACAUCACAGCAUAAAAAUUUGUAUUUUAUUGCAGUCAUGACAUUCACAGUUAAAUGCCAUGCAGAACUUGAGAAAUUAAAUUAUUUUUUUAAAUUAUUUUUUAGAUAUUAUUAAGAUUAAAUUAGUUCCAUAUAUAAAUAUUUGAUGUGAAAUAAAAACCCUCUUUCUCCUGAACAAAAUGAUAUAUAAUAAGUGUGAGUGAACUUAAUAAGAAAGAGGUAAAUUAUGGUUGAACAGACAUACCGUAUAUACUCGAGUAUAAGUCGACCGAUUAUAAGUCGAGACCCCUAAUUUUACCCCAAAAAACUGGGAAAACGUAUUGACUCGAGUAUAAGACUAGGGUGGGAAAUGCAGCAGCUACUGGUAAAUUUAUAAAUAAAAUUAGAUCCCCCAAAAUUAUAUUAAUUGAAUAUUUAUUUACAGUGUGUGUAUAUAAUGAAUGCAGUGUGUGUGUGUAUGAAUACAGUGUGUGUGUGUGUAUGAGUGCAGUGUAUGUAUGUGAUGCAGAGCCUUGGUGGGUAUUUUUAUUAUUUUUUAAAAUUAUUAUUUUUUAAAAAUAUUAAUAUUUUUAUUUUAUUUAAAUUUUGAUUUAUUUAUUUUCAUCCCCCCUCCCUGCUUGUUAGCUGGCCAGGUAGGGAGGCUCUCAUUCCCUGGUGGUCCAGUGGAUGGGCUGUGUAGGAGUGGGGCUGGCAGCUCCUGUCAGCUCCCUUCUCCUGCGUUCCGGUCAGCUCCCCACUGUAAGUCUCGCGGUCUGAGUGCCGCGCGGAGCGUUGCCACGGUAAUCCGUGGCAAAGCUCUGACCCCGCGGCUCUCGUGAGAUUUACAGUGGGAGCUGACAGGGGAGCUGACCGGAAUGCAGGAGCUGCAGGAAAGGUAACAGCUCUCUGCUAGCCCCCAACAGGACUGCCGGGCUACUAAUGAGCCUGGCGGUCCUGGUCUGUAUUAUGGCAAUGUAAGUUGCCAUAAUACAGACAUUGACUCGAGUAUAAGUCGAGUGGGGGGUUUUCAGCACAAAAAAUGUGCUGAAAUACUCGACUUAUACUCGAGUACAUACAGUAUAGCUCAAAUUCUAGGUUUUGUUUUGGUUCAGAACUUGGACAAUGCAAUUUUAUUUUUUGCUUUGUAAUUUUAUGUCUAUUUAUUAUCAAUCUGUUACGGUCAGAUCCAACAGAUUUGUCUUUACAAAUACUGUUACUCUUAUCUCUUAUAUUGCAUUGAGUACUCCAGCAUGGUUCCCAUGGCACACAAUGAUCCAGGUUUUGUCCUUAUCCUCACUGGAACACAUUUGGUAAAAUGCCUAAAUCCUGACUGUUGGUGCAUCUUGAGAAUGUCACAGACUUCCUCUAAUUAAUUGCAUUUCAUGAAGGAAGCUAUAUAAUAGGCUGGAUAAUAAUCUCUUCUAUAACAUUCUGUAAAUGUCUUACAGGCUGAAUUUAAGAACCAGUGAAACAUCCCAAUACCUUGUCCAGUUCAAAAAGAGUUUAACAACGGUCUGGAAAACUAUAGUGAGCCACAGGUAUGUUUCUCCUGAGAAUACGUAGAAUGAAUAAAUAAAGUGAAACAGGAAGUAUAACUACAGAGUAAGGUUUUAGCAUGAGACCAACAUGAAUCUGCUUAACCAGAGUUGGUGCUUCCAUUAGGACAAUCAUGGACAAAGAUCCCCCUUAGCAGACUUUUUUUUCCACUCGGUGCUGCAGGGGAGCACUUUUGGGAAGGGCAAAUUGCUGUCCGCUUUCUUGUGGUCCAAGCUCUUAAAAAAAUUACUUAGAGUGCAGGUGCCUGAACAGAAGGCAUGGAUUGUAAUAUGUACACAUCAAGAUGCAGACCACAUGCUGCUCCACUGGACCACCAGGGAGCCUGCCCUCCUCCAAAACACCUGGCAUCACUCCCGCUCCCCUGCUCAAAGGUAAACAGAAGGCAGCAAAAAACAACACAAAAAAAAACACUUGCACGUUCAGUCAGCCUCCACACUACUUUUAGCCACUCUCUAGUCGCCACAUUAAACAAAACACAUACACCACACACAACCAACACACUCCACUCACAGUGAUCACCAUAAAGUCUCCCACACAUAUACAGCAUCUUCUAACACACACACACACACACACACACAGUAUUCAUUAUCACGGAAAACCCUAAUGUGCAGCCUUCCACACACACUUGUGGACACACAGUGGGAAAUCCUAGCUAGGUAAAAAUGACAGAAGACAAAGACACACCAUGUGACAGAAACUUAAAGAGCGAGAGAAAGAAAGGAUAGAGAUUGGCAGAGGGAGAAACUAAUUAAAAUAUGGGAAAUAAGAAAGAAGGGUGAUGUGGGAAACACCAUGAAGUAGCUAACUGGUUUUUGUCUUGGGCAGUAAUAAUACUUGCACUGACUCUGUAAUUAGCAUUGAUGAUUGUUGUCUUCUUUUGUUUGUUUGUUUUUUUAUAAUGUUGCAGAUUUUCUGGACCCUUCAUGAAACCAGUAUCAGACAAGCAGGCUCCUGGAUAUCAAAAGAUAGUAAAACGGUCAGUACAGAGUAGAGUUUUCAAGAUAAGUGCAUUGCUAGAUUUACAUUCCUAGUUUCAUAGUAUCUGUGUCCAGCCUUCUGCCCGCCCUGCUGUGACAUCUUUUCCAUCUCACUCUGACACCAGCCGUGUCGGGACCAAGAAUUGUAGCUUCAUUUCCACAAAUGCGUCCCAAUAUCUUAUUGCAAUGCACUAUUAAUGCAGUGACAUGGGAGGACUAUACACUAUUUAAAUCCCAUUCCAUAGGAUAGCAAUGUCUGUAUUUUGGUUUCUUGUCCUUUAAUAUGUUAUAUUGUUACACAUUGAGUCCAUGUUUGACCUAACUUGUAUUUCAUUGCUUUUGACUUCUGCUAUCCUAAAUCUAGCUAGAUUCUUCAGUAUUGCGCAUCUCUGCCUCUCCUUAUCCUUCGAGUAAUAUUUAUUACUGUUAGCUCUCUAAGGUAUUGGUUUUCUUCCAUCCUAAAGCAGGUAAAAUGCUCUUUCUCCCUAGGUCCUCUAGCAUAGGCUGUUUCAACCAAUUUUAUGAAAGUUCCAUUAGACAAGUUCCUGACACCCAUGAUGUGUCUUUGGAAACUGAACCAGGAAAUAGAGCUAUAGUUAACAAUGUCAUAUUUUUCUCCUCAAUAACAAAAAAAAAAAAUCUUACUACAAGUCUUGUUUUCCUUAAUGGAACAAUCAUCGCACAAUAACAGUUUAGCACCUUGCAUAUGUUCAUAGGUUAUGGUUCAAGAAGAUACCUUGUCCCUUUCUCCCAUUUCAUACAUUUGCAGCAAUAUGCAAAACAUGCUGCCAAUGUAAACCCAUCUCAUCACGCAAAUAAAUGACCUGUUUUAGUACUUGUUCAUCUUUUACCCUCAAGGAGGGCACACUCUCCACAGAUCCCCAUCAUGAUUUUUACAAUAAAUGCCAGGACAGUGAGUUGACUGCAUGUCAUGUCUGAUCCCCAAAACGUAUUUCCCAAAGUUGUCUUUUAAGCACAAUAAAAUAACUAACCCUAUUUCUGCAAUUCAUUAAACAAGUAGGCUGUUCCUCUUUGUGUGAUAUUGAACCGAUGUACCGUGCAAUUGCAUAUUCAAAACAUUACACAAAUUUUGAUGUGUUGGCUCUGUACCCCAGCACACACUAUUUUAGGACACCAAAAAUAUUUUGACAAUUUAACAUUAAUGCCAAUAAUGUAGAGUAAAGAUUUUAUUUAGAUUAUUUUAUAUUGGCUAAACAGAUCUCAACUGCAAGGUAGGAGAAUGUAAUAACAUGGAUAAUGGACCUGCAACAACAGACUUAUGCAGAUGGAGAGACUAUGCCACCAAGGUGUGGACCUGGUAGCAUUUUUAGCCAAAACUCUAAGGUCUUUGUCAAGCCUGGGUGCCACAGAUCAACAUAUUUACAUGCAAGUCUUAAUCACGGUUGAUGUCUUCUGUCAAGAGAGAAUGGCAAAAUUUAGGUACACAUAUUAACAUCUGAAUAAAAAAUUACAAUUGAAUUUACAUUGAGUUACACAUUAUACAAUAUACAGUUGAGUUUUAUAUCACUAUUAGAUAAAGAAUACUUACUUUUGUAACCCAAGAGAGACAUUCACAUAAUAAAAAGAAAAUAAGAAACUUAAGGUUUACCUUUAAUGGUAGACCCAACGAAUCUCUUUAAAGAGCUUAAAAGUCUAUUUAUACAUUGUACUCGCAGAAAUGUUAGCAUAUAUUUAAAGGGGGAAAAAUUGUUUAAAAAUAGGACUUUUUCCCACCAGCCAAUCAAUCAUUUGGCAUGGACUCCUGUGCCGCAGAACCAAGUAAUAGAAAGCAUGAGAGAUCUCCCACAUGCGGUCCUCCUACUCACCAAGCAUAGCAACCGUAGCUCAUCCUACCAUGGCGUUGCUUUGUAGCUGACACUGUUAGCGCUGGGUAGAGGUAUAGGAAAGAGUCACAUCAUUCUAUUCAGACGCAGGAUGCUGCCAGUGAAGCCAGCAUGUCAGCGUCACGGAGGAGAUUUGUUUUGCUUGGGGAAGUUGUCCUAAGCAGGUCAAAUCAAAGGUGAAAACAGGGAGAAUACUGGUGGCCCGUCGGUGGGUAGUAGAGAACCAUUUAAAAGAAGAAAAAGUACCAAAACAAGAGGACAUAGUCUUAAAUUAGAGGUGCAAAGGUUUAAAAAUAAUAUCAGGAAGUAUUACUUUACUGAGAGGGUAGUGGUAGUGGAUGCAUGGAAUAGUCUUCCAGCUGAAGUGGUAGAGGUUAACACAGUGAAGGAGUUUAAGCAUGCAUGGGAUAGGCAUAAGGCUAAUUAAAAGUAUUUUGAAAUAUUGGGCAGACUAGAUGGGCCAAAUGGUUCUUAUCUGCCGUCACAUUCUAUGAAGCUGAGAAAUUGGCAGCACUAAAUUGGAGGUGAGGUGAGUUUAUAUCCCUUCAUUUUAUACUGAAUACAUCAUAUAUCUCUGUGAUAAAUUAUGUAGUCAAUGCGUUUGGGGAAGAUUUAGGCUAAAUUCAUGACGGGUUCACUAGAAGCAUAAACUAUUUCUUAUGAAAUACACAUCAUACUGCAAAAACAUUGUAAGCGCUGAUGUUCACAGCAUUUUACUAUGAGAAAACAAGAUUCCAUAUGGAGUAAUAUCAUUGCAAGUGCAAACAUCGUUCUAGAACAGUGAUGGCGAACCUAUGGCACGCGUGACACGCCGGGCCCUUUCUGUGGGCACGCGGCCAUAGGUUCGCCAUCAAUGCAGAGUAGGCACCUGCCUGCCCAAAACGGCAGGCGCCUACUCUGCUUCCGUGUCGGGAGGCAGGGAUCUGUGAAGCAGCUCCCCUGUUCUCCCGCGAGCAAGCUGUGUGGAGUGUUUGCCGCGCAUUACCAUGGCAACGCUCCACACAGCAUCGCACCGGAGGACAGGGGAGCUGCUUCACAGAUCCCUGCCUCCCGACCCGGAAGCAGUGCUUGCCACCACCGGACCACCAGGGAUGGCUGUGUCCCCCCCCCUCCUUCAUUAAAGGUAAGAAGGAGGGAGGGGGGGGAUACUGAUUUAGCAUACUUUUUUUAAACCCCUUUACCCCAUCCCCACACAUACAGCACCCCUACCCCUCACACACACACAGUAGCCUACCCCCCCUCCCCACACCCAGCUUCCCUCCCUCCCUACACCCAGCAUCCCUCCCCACCCCUACCCCCCACACACAGCACCCCCACAACACACACAGCACCCCUACCCCCCACAGCACAGCACCCUUACCCCUACCCCCACACAGCACCCCUCUCUCACACACAGCACCCCUCACAUAGAUCACACACACAGCACCCCUUAUACACACACACAGAACCCCACACACAAACACAUACACUACACCCCUCAAUGCAGUAUGUGUGUGUAUUCAGCAGUCUGUGUGUGUGCGUGUAUUCAACAGUCUGUGUGUGUGUGUAUUCAGCGGACUGUGUGUGUAUUCAGCGGACUGUGUGUGUAUUCAGCGGACUGUGUGUGUACUCAGCGGACUGUGUGUGUAUUCAGCAGUCUGUGUGUGUAUGUAUUGCAUUUGUUGGAGAUACUAAUAAAUAUAAGCUUAAUUUUAUUUAUGUAUAUCAUUAUUUAAAAUUUGUAUCAUUGAACUCUCUGUUGUGUUAUUUUAAAACAAAAGUUGUUAAUUAGUUCGGACAACAGUACGAGUUGUUUUUUCUAAACUUAAACCUCAGUAUUGAGGUUUAAUUGCCGUGUUGGCACUUUAAGGAAAAAAAAGUUGGCAUGUAUUGCGGUUUGGGCACUCUGGCUCAAAAAAGUUUGCCAUCACUGUUCUAGAACCUUGUUACAGAAAACACGUUUUAGAAGUGACCAAUUACUUGUGUUACAUGUGUAGAGACAGGAACAGCAAUUCAUAGACAAACCACCCAGAUCCAACAUCUGGAACAAAAAAAUAACAAAUGGAGUUUGACCUCAAUUGUAUAAAACCCUCUCUUCCUUCCAAAAAGGCUCCCUUGGUACUGCUUCUUUCUCCCCCUUAUAUGACAUAAUGGAGGAGGCAUGGCGUCCUCCUGAGUUGGUCUAAUAGAAUGCUGCGUGCAUCCAAGCUUCCCUAUAGGAAAGCAUUCAAUUGUUUCUUUCCUAUGGGGGCUUUUGUGUCACGUGACCCAGUUUCACUCUACAGGAGAAUGUAACCUCUUAAAAAAACUACAGUAUUUUACAUUGCAAUGUUAAACGGUCAGGACCACUGAACACAGACCAGUUCAUUGAAUUAAAGUGAUCUGAGUGACUAGCUUUAAGUUGACCCACUACUGAUUUUUUGUGGUAGGUCUUAGAAACUUAAUUGUCUGGAUUCACUCACAGUUUAUUAAAUUCUCCAACUCUUGUAACCUCUCAAGCUAUUGCUCUUAUUCAAGGAAAAAUUGUUCAUGUUAGCUAUGGUUUCAAUUCCUCUGUUUUGGCCUAAAAGGUUAAAUGUUCUUUGAAAUCUUUGACUCCCACUUUAAUGAGUCGGAGAAUUUGUCCAUCACCGUUCUUUUAACCUACAUUUUGCAUAUCAGAUUUCAUUUUUUUGACACAGUUGACUAGUUAAAGAUUAAACCACAUUUUCUUUGCUCAAAGUUAAUGUGUUUUGAAUUACGUAUCUAUACAUACACAAGCUGUAGUACUGAUGACUUCUUGAUCUUGACCACUGAAGUACAGAGCCCUGAGUGGUGUAUUAUACAUGGGUAGAUAAAGGUAGCACUGUCUUUAAUACAUGUCCAUCACACUGUAAAUAAAUUAAAGCACAGAUAUGAUUGAUGAUGUGACUUGCCCCUUCAGGCCUAUGGACCUUGUUACAGUAAAGCGAGGAGUGUCAAAAGGGAGGAUUAAAAGCAUUGUUGAGUUCCAGCAGAAUGUCAUGUUAGUGUUCCAGAACGCCAUCAUGUACAACAGCUCCAAUCAUGUUAUCUACCACAAAGCCAUUGAGAUGCAGCAUGACACUGUGGAAUUGCUGCAGGUGAGUUAAUUUCAGUGACUAGCAUGUUUUUAAAACAUUAAAUAUGCGCUCUAUACACCAUAGAGCCUGUUUCCAUGCACACAGCACACAUAAAACUGCUGCUAUUUUCAAAAAUCACCUCAGCUGUCAGUCCACCCUCUUGCUCAAGUGUGUCACUUGCUUUCUUCUGUCUAUAAAAUUACUUGUACUGUUGCACAACAGGGGUUUCUGGGAGUUUUAAUUUAUGUAUUUAAAAAAUAUUUUACCAGGAUGGAGAUUUCUCACGUUUACAAGUAUAUCCUAGGCCCACAAACAUUCCACUGUUACAACAGGGUACAAUGGAAUAUUAAAAAUACCAAAUAAUGUUAAAAUACACAUAUAACUUAACACAGAACAGGUAAGAAAAAUAAUCAACCAUGAUUACAGGUGCAAUUUGUGUUGAAAUAUGUUGGUAGGGAUCUUUUAAAGGAUUUUAGGCUGGAGGAAGAUAUGAUCUUGUCUGUAAGGUUAUUCCAUAAUUAAGGGUGUUCUGUAGGAGGUCAGCUUGCUAAAUGAAUUUGUUUUGAUGCAUAGGUGGGAAUGUUGUACUUUAGGUACUGUACUAAAGAUAAUUGUGACUGUUGUAUCAGUGGUUUGGAAGAGUUUAUCUGCCAUCCACUUUUCUAUCUUUGUAAACUGGUCUUGGUGUACAGCAUCAGGCUGCGGUAGAUGUGGUUUGCUAGCGUAGAUUACGGUACGUUGUAGUGUGUGUACAUGUGUACAGUUGAGACUUUGCAGACGUUAGGAAAGUCAUGUAUGAAUAAUGUGAAUAGUAGGGACCGAGUAUGGAGCCUUGGGGAGCACCACAUACGACCAGGGUCAGGUCCACACUGGUUUUUCAUUUUUAGAUUAUUAAGGUGCAUUUAAACUGAGUUUAAAAAGUUUAAAUUUUUUUUGUGAUAGAAAAGAAGUGUGAUCAUCAUAGAUCCAAUGCACAAAAAUGUAAGAAAACUGAUCAUCGAUAACUCAUUGUUAUGCUUUCUUUUACCACAGGUUCUAAACUUGCAUUAG